AUGGAAGAAGCUUCGUAUUGGAUGUGGAUGAAGAGGAAAAAAAUGUUACAGUCGUAUUCUCAACCAUCAAUGAAUUAUUUUAACAAUACAUGGGAAGAAAAGGCUUUUGCAGAAGAUGCAGCCGGGCCUUUUGGGGGAUGCGUAUGGCCUCCGAGAUCUUAUUCUUGUAGUUUUUGCAGUAGAGAAUUCAGGUCUGCCCAAGCCCUAGGUGGUCACAUGAAUGUCCAUAGAAGGGAUAGGGCAAGGCUGAAACAAUCUCCUUGGCCCCUCAAUGAUGAAGCCUGCCAUUAUCAAAAUCAAGAUCCGAAUCAUUCUAAGUCACUCGGUGUUAAGUUUUCAACCGAGCUCUGCAAGUUUCGUCUCUAUCGAGACCCUAAAUCUAGCCCCACUAUUGUUGCAUCAGGUGCUCUAUCGCCUUCAAGGGUUUCAGCCUUAAAUACUCCAGAAAAUUUUAGGGAACAAAUUAGUACUGUUGCAUCUGCUGAUCAGUCGACGUCUUAUAUUUCUCAAUCUUGGUCUGAAUCCGCGGGGGUUCGACUUCUCAGUAUCUCGUCAGAAUCAAAACCAGGAGUGGAAAAUAAUCUAAGAGAAGAAGAUCACUCUAUAUAUCUGGGAAAUGCUGAUUAUGUUGAAACUGACUUUUCUGUCGGCAGGAAUUCGUUUGUUAGCCAAAACCGACCAACGUCUGGGUCUUGUGGGGUUGAGGCAGUCAGUUGCAAGCGACCAAAGAGUGCUGUUUCUUCACUGUCAUUCUUUCUGAAGUCAUGUUCAGAUGAUAGAUGCCACCUUCAGUCAAAGGCAACUGGAGUACUCAAGCCUAACAGCAUAGAGGACUUGGAUCUUGAGCUCAGGCUUGGUGAUCCACCUAAACUGAAGUAG